AGCAGCUACUGAAGACACAGACUGACCCACUGCUCUCUCUCCAAGAUGCGACGCACCAGACUAAAAAUUCUUCCCUCUCGCUCUCGCCUGGCCCUAGGCUUUCUGCUCCUAUAUUUGACCGGUUUGGCUUUCGCUGAGCUUCAGGGCGAGACCCCUGAGGACCACGACUUCAUCACCUCCGAGGACCGAACUAUACUAUACGAAUCAAGGUCCAAAAAUGUUGACGAACAACAAAGGCGCCGAUUUGGUGAUUCGAGGAUUGAUGCAAGGAGAACAGACCAAAGAAACUCAAGGAUGGACCGGAUGGAUCGAAACACUAGGUUAGAUGAAAGGGAAGAUAUCCGUGGCCUGGCCAGAGCCGACCGAGGCGUAGACCGUCGGGACGUUCGCCGAUUCGAUGACGUCCGAGCGGACAGACGCCUUGAACAAAGAGAAUCUCGUUGGGAAGACACACUCCGAAGGUCUGCUGAAAACGAGAGGCGCGACAUUUCCGACCGAAAUGUCCGACGUGAAGGCUCAAGAACUGUCCGACUCACCUCUGAGGAGAGAGAUGCCCGAGUGUCUAGGAGGGACCAAAGGACUCUCAGCCGACGAGAAGCUCCGCAGGAGAAUGUCCGAGACGCUCGACUUAUCAGGGACGCCAGGGCCGUCCGACGGGACACUUCAGACGCUCGAGUUGAAGAGAGAAGAUUUGCCCGAGCAGGCGAGAGGAAGGCUAGGGAGGAAUCAACUCGUCUUGAAAGUCGUGAAGAUCGUCUGGACAACCGCCGAGCUGAUGUCCGAUCUCUUGACAGUCGAAGGGACAAUCGCAGAAAUGAACGUCUCGCAACUCGUCACAAUGAGCGUCUGGACAGGCGCACUGCUGAAGUCCGGGACGAAGUUCGUUCCAUGGACAGUCGUAGGGAAGAACGCCUGGACAGUCGCAGAGCAGAUGUGCGGGACGAAGUUCGCUCUCUGGACAGUCGCAGAGUUGAACGUCUGGAAAACCGCCGAGCUGGUGUCAGAUCUCUUGACAGUCGAAGGGAAGAACGUCUGGACAGGCGAGCUGCUGAAGUUCGAGAUCGUUCACUGGACAGUCGUAGGGAAAAACGCCUGGACAGUCGCAGAGUAGAAGUUCGGGACGAAGUUCGUUCCCCGGCCAGUCGCAGGGAAGAGCGUCUGGACAACCGCCGAGCUGAAGCCCGUUCUCUGGACAGUCGUAGGGAAACACGCCUGGAAAAUCGCCGUGCUGAUGUCCGAGAUGAAAUUCGUUUGCUCAACAAUCGCAGAAUUGAACGUCUGGACAGUCGCAGAGCAGAAGUUCGUUCCCUGGACAGUCGAAGGGAAGAACGCUUGGACGGUCGUCGCACUGAGGUCCGUUCUCUUGACAAUCGUAGAGAAGAACGUCUGGAAAAUCGCCGUGAGGAGCGUCUGGACACACAAAGGGAUGUCGCCAGAGACGUAAUCCGCUCCCGAACACUGUCCGAAAGAUCUUCCAGUGACGUCCGUGAUGAAUCCAGGCUCAGGGAAAAUAGGAGACGCGAAAAUCGCCGGGACACUCGUGAUGAAGCUCAAAGGGAAUCUCGUCUGGACGCCAGAGACCAGACCAGACGAGAGGAAUCUCGCAUUCGAGACCAGACUGAGCGAGACAGCCGUCGGGACACCCGCUUGGACAAUAAAGAGAUCAGAGUCCGCGACGCCGUCCGUCGAGAUUCUCGUCUCGCUCUGCGCGAAUCCAGAAUGGACUCUCGCCGAGACACCAGGGAGGAGAGAGAGUUGUCCCGUUCUGAGAGGCGCCUCGAAAGGGAAGUUGGAGAUGCUGAGCGAAGGACAACAAGACGAGAGAUUCGCGAGGAGCGCGAUGGAGAAUCAAAUAUUGUGAGGUUGGAUGAAAUAACUGAGACUGAGCGAAACUCUGUGAACUACCUGGGAACUGAAAUGGCAAAGUCUCGUCGCACGUCUUUUGAAUCUGAUGGGUUCGGAAUAGAAAAAAUGCAGAAAUCCAACAACUACGUUAAGUUUGCUCUGAAUACCUUGACUGGACUUUACUUGCUGUCAGUACUUGCUUCUGCCAACAAAAAAGAAGAGUCAUGCUUCAUGGACAAAUUUAAACUGGCAAACUUAUCCAUGGAAACCGUAGCGACAACUGCAAUUGCGGCGGGCCUUGCCAUAUCUGCGGUGUAUUAAUCUCUAGAUUACUCUCCCAGCAUUCGUAUAAACCAAAAAUGUUUCCUGAUUAUCAAAGAGUUAAACGCACUUCAUACUAUGUAGAAAAUGCACCUAGAACAAGUAUUGUAAUCAACACUAGCACACAAAUUAAAAUAUAUUAUAUGCAA